UGAAAGCAUUGCAGGACAUGAAAAGGAGGAGAAAAAGGAAGUUCUCAGGGAACUUCUCGAACUUCUGGCUUGCUGAUGCGGUUGGAACUUUUUUUUCCUCCCGAGAAGUAGAGCUAGUUCCGUUAACGCUGAAAAAGGGGGUAGCCUGCGCAUCCGGAGAAACACGCGUUUUUUAAAUAACAUUCGGUUUAGGUUCGCUUAUGAAAACCGUUGAAAGGGCAAAUAUUUUCCUCCUUAAUCGAGAAAAAAUUACAACAUUCGAGGCGAUGAGAUGUGAGUGAGCUAUGCCUUAUAGAAAUGGACAGACUGUAUCCAAGCGAAAACAUGGCGUCUAUUUCUCAAACUUUGGAUUCUUCUCCAGUCUACUUUUUUCACUGUGUUGCCUGGAGGCUUGGGGUUCGUUCGGAAUGUGCAGCCCUUGUCCCAGGAACUGUUCGUGUACGGUGGUGGGACCCCAGAAUUCUUCCGUGGUUAAUUGUUCGAACAAGGGAUUGGAUUGGGGACCCUCAGCGGUGGAUCUCCCGUCAGACACAAAAAUCCUAGAUCUGUCCAGAAACCGCAUUCAAUCCAUCCAUGCCAGCCUCUUUGAUCACCUCACUUCCCUGAAGGAACUGUAUCUUCAGAAUAACCGUCUCACUGCCCUGCCGCGCAGGGCUUUUGGCUAUAGAUCUCUAGCCGUGCUAGAUCUGAGCAACAACCAGAUCACCACCAUAGAUGACCGGAUAUGCGAUCAUUUAUUUAAUUUAACCGAAAUUGACCUGAGCUCCAACCCAUUUGUGUGUGACUGCUCUCUGUACCGGCUGGUGAGCUGGCUGCAGGAGCGAGGCGUGAGGAUGCGGCGGCCCAACUCCAUGCUCUGCCACCAGCCCCCCCACGUCAAGAACCAGCCUCUCCUCAACGUCAGCCUCCUCACCUGCGGUCUGAACUAUGCCGGCUGCCUGCAGGAUGAGCAGCACAAGGGCGGUUCGGAGCUGGUGAUCUUCUCCUACUCCACGCCGGGGAACUUCUCUCGGGAGGAGUGCAACACGCACUGCUUCCGCGAGGCCCAGCGCUACGGCGGCCUGGGGGCCCACCGCGAGUGCCUGUGCAGCACCAACUCUGAGCCCAACCUGCUCAGCGAGGCGCAGUGCACCGCGGCCUGCACCGACGCCCAGGUCAUGAAGCAGUGUGGCUGGACCGUGGCUCCGGAGGUGUUCCAGGUGGGUUUGUCCGCCUCUCUGUCUUCCCCCCGCGUGUCUGUCCACUCCGAGGCGGUCCUGUCGGUGUCCUCCUCCGUGUUGUCCGUCUCCUACUCCUGGGAUUUCGGCGACCUCUCACCCCGUGUCAACAGCUCCACCCCCAACUCCACAGUGCGACACAAGUACGCGCUGCCUGGGCGCUACACGGGCCGCGUCGGGGUGACGGCUGGCCAGAGGGAGGUGGCGGCGGCUGGGGAGGUGAGCGUGGCUCUGCCCCCCCGCCUGGAGCUCCACUGCCCGGCCACGCUGGUGGCCAACCACAGCCUGAACACCAUGCUGGUCAACUGGGGAGGAGUGGGGGUCUCCGCCGACUGGAGGAUUCUGAAGGAUAGGAAGGAGGUGGCCAGAGGUGAGUCACGCAUAUACACACAUACACACCCUGGGCGCUACACGGGCCGCGUCGGGGUGACGGCUGGCCAGAGGGAGGUGGCGGCGGCUGGGGAGGUGAGCGUGGCUCUGCCCCCCCGCCUGGAGCUCCACUGCCCGGCCACGCUGGUGGCCAACCACAGCCUGAACACCAUGCUGGUCAACUGGGGAGGAGUGGGGGUCUCCGCCGACUGGAGGAUUCUGAAGGAUAGGAAGGAGGUGGCCAGAGCCUCUCCCUUCUGUCCUCCUGAUGCCGUGCGGCACGAAGAGUCCUCCCGCUGUUUCCAACUGGUUGCCGGGGAGCACAGCUGGCAGGACGCGCGUCAGCAGUGCGUGUCCCGGGGUGGGGACCUGGCCGUGGUCCGCAGCCAAAGCAUCCGCAACCUCCUGGCCCCGCAUGUCACUCAAGAGCGGGGCGUCUGGCUGGGCCUGAGUGAUGUGGACACCCCUGGCUCUCUGCGCUGGGUGGACGGCUCGGAGGCCGCCCCCGGGGAGGAGGGCUCUCGUGACCGUGCCACCGCCACCAUAUUGCGGGGGAAUGUGUGCGUGUCCCUGGAACACACCGGCCUCCACAGCCCACACCGCUGCGCCGCCACACGGGCGUUCGUCUGCCAGUUCACCAAGCUUGUUGGGGUUCCUGAUGCUGGUUUCUUUAUGGUGGGCACCCAUGUCUUCAACAUCCAUAGACCUUUAUCCAGUGUCAGUCCUGUACAAAGCCAGGGUCCUGAUAUGCCAUCGAAGAGUUUGGAGUUCCUGUUGUUCCCUGGGCUGAGUUUUGUGCAGACGGCCCGGCUCUCGUCGCUGGAGCUGCUCACACAGCAGCUGAGCUCAGACACACAGGUGCACUUUCAGGUGUACCGUCCGCGCUGCCAGGAGCCCGACAAACACCUGCUGCUGCCAGUGUGCCAGGAUGUAGAUGAAGUGGCAAACGCCACAGUGAGGCCCCCGCCCGCGUGCCCACCCCUGCAGCAGUGGUGCCCCUUUCAGGAGCGCUGCAGGCCCCUGGACAGCCCAUGCCACCACACGUCCUGUUUCAACUCCUCAGGGUCGGAGCCCUACUGCCUGGUGGGGGAGGUGGUCUUCACCCUGCCCGCUGGACCCUCUGCACACCAACUGGUACAAGAAGAGUUGGAGGACCUGAUGGUCUACCCUGGUGAUUUCAUCGCCCUCCAGCAUGAUGCAGGUCCAGGUUCCCUCCUCCACUGCGCCCCCGACCCGUCCUCCCCCUGGAGGCAGAGUGUCCUCAGCAUCAACCACUCGGACUGGAUCAGUGCCAACAGCCCUCUCAAGGCCACCGACACCAAGCGCUGGGCUCACGACAGUGUGUGCCUGCUGAGAGUGCUUCACGUGGGGCAAAGCCAACUGAACCUCACAGGCCCCUUGUUCAGCACUGGCCUUCCCCAGCCCGGGGACUACAGUCUGGAGGUGGCCGUGAACGACCCUGACUUCCCAGUGAACACCACCUGCCUGUUCCAUGUGGUGCCUCCGCUAGGCCUGUCUGUGAUUCACCCGACUAACCAGAACGGGACGGUCUAUUUCCAUCCCAAUCAGACCUCCGUGCUGGUGAGGGUGCACUCUCAGCACAGAGCAAACAUCAGCUGCCAGGGCAGCAACGACACCUUCCACUUCGAGCAGUUCUGCCCCCAGGACCUGGUGGCUAAAGUAGCAGAGUGUCGACAGACGGACCCCGACAACGAGACCUGGUUCGCUUGGGUGGACCUCCACCUGGCCGAGUCCCCAGACCCCGUGGCAGUGGAGCUCACGGCUAAGAGUGAGGUGACCACAGAUAGCCUGAGCAUCCAGGCACAGGUGGAGCUGCCGCUCUGGGGCCUACAGAUAAAGCCACAUCCAAGUCAAAGAGUGCUUAUGUUAUCAGUGGUGAGCUACAAGGCCAUGGUUGAAGGAGGCACCGACCCCAACUUCAAGUGGACCGUGGACGAUAAACCGUAUUUCACUUAUUACAACACUGUUUUCAAUGUCAUCUACCAGAAUGCAGCUGUGUACAAGCUAACGGUAACGGCUAUGAACCAUGUGAGCAGCCAGACGGAGCACUUCAACGUGACUGUGGACCGCAUGAACCCCAUGGGUGACAUCACAGUCCUAGGGGUCCCCAGCAUUGUCACACAAGGCUCGAACCUGAGCCUAUCAGCAUCAGUCACAGUGGACAUAUCAGUGAAUGCAACUUUCAGGUGGUCAUUCGGAGAUGGAGGAUAUCAGACCCACCUCCACAAGCCUCCCUAUGACCAUGUGACCCCUGCGACCUCUGAUCCCACAAUCAAGCAGAUUUACCUGCAAGACAAUGUCAGCUAUGUUUACGCCCAGCCAGGGGAGUACACCCUCCUCGUCUCUGUGUCUAACCGGUAUGAGAACAAGACCCAGAAGGUUGAUGUGUAUGUCUUCAGCAUUCUGACGCUGGUGGAGAUCGAGACGGAACCCAAAGUGCUGCAGGCGGGGAAGUCUGCUGAGUUUGAGGCCCACCCCUGGCCCUCCCCCUACGGAAUCGUCUACACCUGGGACUUCGGCGAUAAUGUCACGAGGCUGCAGGGCCGUGAGCGGCGGGUCUCCCAUGCUUACGCCCGUAGUGGCGUCUACAAUGUGUGCGUCACUGUCAACAACACCAUCAGCACCACCGGGACGUGCACCAUGAUGAUGGUGUUUGAGGAAAUCGAGGGUUUAAAGGGCCAGUCGUCAGGCCCUACUGAAUUCAACACGCCCAUGGUGAUAACAGCACACCUGCUGGCUGGCAACAAUGUGACCUGGAGCUUCGACAUGGGAGAUGGGAAAGUGCUACCCAGCAUGGAGCCGAGGAUUAAGCACACGUACAUAAAAGAUGGAAACUACUCGGUGAACAUCACAGCGACGAAUGCAGUGAGCUCUCAGUGGCGGGUGAUUCCCGUCCAUGUGUUUGUGCUGCAGGUGCUGUGGCUGGAGCCUGCUGGAUGCAUUCAGGAGAGCACUGAUGUCACCUUCCGUGCUUUUGUGUCAGGAAAUGCUUCUACUUAUCAUUAUGGGUGGAGCUUUGGGGAUGGUACACAUAACGAGACUCUCUUUGGCUCUCCUGAGAUCACACAUUCCUUUUCGGGGAGUGGGGAGUACCAUCUAUCAUUGCUUUUGUCAAGUGGAGUAAACAGGGCAAAUUUCUACGCCUGGGUAUGUGUCCAGCCUGCAGUCAGCAGUGUUUCACUUCAACCCUUGAGAAGUCAUGUCAAACUUGGAGAGGAGAGUAAGUUCACAGCUGUAGCCUUUCCUGCAUUUCACUAUACUUAUCUGUGGGAUUUUGGCACCGGGGACUCCAGAGGGCCCGUACAAGGAGCUGCAGACAUGGCAUUUACAUACAGGAACCCUGGCCAGUACCUGGUGAUGGUCACGGUCCUCAAUAACAUCUCAUGUAGCAAUGAUACAAUUAUAAUGGAGGUGCAGCAGCCGGUGGGUCCCCUACUCAUUAUGCACAAUGGCACUAAAGAGAACAACCUUACCUUGGAUCAAGGUUACACAUUUGAGGCCCAUUCGGACUCCAUUGAUGUUCAGUACACCUGGAACUUUGGGGAUGGAAACGUCCUCAAUGGCUCAAAGGUCACUCAUUCCUAUAACCGCUCAGGCAACUUCAACGUAACCCUGUUAGGUCACAAUGCAGUGAGCAGCAAUAGAACCACGCGUUUGCUGUCUGUCCUGACUCCCAUCCAAGGCUUGACAGUUAAUGCUAGUGUAGUGAAUGUUCCACUCAAUGCAUCAGUGAACUUCGAGGCACAUCUUCACCAGGGGGAUCGAGUCAGGUUCUCCUGGAUCCUUUGUGAUCGUUGCACAUCUAUUCCUGGCUCAAACAUCAUGUACUACACCUUUCGCUCAGUUGGGACAUUCAAUGUGAUAGUUACAGCAUCAAAUGAUAUUGGUACUGCCCAAGGAAGCAUCUUAAUUUUUGUACAGCGGGAGCUGGAGGGCCUGCAGAUCAUUGCAGAUGAGCUGGGAGAGAAGAGGUGCUGCUAUGCUACCAACCAGAUCCUUCACUUGCAUGCAUCUCUGAGGGAAGGAACAAACAUGUCAUUCAGCUGGAACAUACUGAAGGAGCAGGAGACCACCCCUCCAUUGAACUACAGUGGGAAAACAAUUGAUCUGAAUUUUUCAACUCCAGGUACUCGUGAAAUCUUUCUGAUAUCUACCAACCUCCUUGGCCAGUUGUCUGUCAACAAAUCCAUUAGGUUUCUAGAUCCGGUCUGUGAACUUACCCUUGAGAUUUCACCAAAUCCUGUUGCAGUAAACACCCACACAAACAUGAGUGUGUCUGUUAGCGGUGGUACAGACCUUCAAUAUAAUUGGACAGCGGAUGGUGUUCUGUUGGACUGGUUUGAUAGUUUUAUCCAUCAUAGCUUUGAGAGUCCAGGAAUGAAACAGGUGACGGUGGAGGUCUCUAAUGAAGUGAGUAGCGAAAUUAUCUCCAAAUGGAUCAGUGUGCAGCAGCCCAUCUCAGGUGUGUGGUUUUCUGCAAGCAAUGUAACAGAACAGAACUUUGUGGCCUCUGGUGUCAAUGUUACCUUUCGUGGAGAAGUGAGUUUGGGAACUAAUGUCUCUUGGACAUGGUUGUUACCCAGUGGCAGAAGAACAGGACGACCAGUCACAUCCUAUUUCUUCCCAGAACCUGGGAACUUCUCAGUCACCCUGAAUGCUACAAAUGACAUCAGUAAGAAGGCAUUGUCCCGUGACUUCAUAGUUCAGAAUCGUAUUCAAGGAUUAAAUUUAAAAACCAGCAAGGUGAUUGCAGCUGUUGGAGAGAACGUGGAAUUCACAAUUUCCAUUGCGUCAGGGACAUCUGUCAAUUUCUUGCUGAGCAUCAGUGGAGAUGCCUCUGUGGAGCUUCAAAACAUGACCUAUCUGCACCAGUUCACAAGGGUGGAUCCGUACAUAGUCAACCUGACUGCCUUCAACCAAGUUAGCUCUGAGAGAAAAUCCCUACAUGUGGAAGUGAUGGAACCUGUGAAGGAGCUGUCAAUUGUGAAUUGCUGUGAGCCCGCCAUACCUGUCGGUGUGGCAAAGACCUUCAUUGCAAACAUAGAGACGGGAAAACCUGUGACCUUUCUGUGGACCUUCGAUCUGCAUUACACAGCCACACAAAAGACCUUCUGGUCAAAGGAGGUCACCUACACCCCUACGGAGCCUGGCACACUGAUCAUCUUCAUUCGUGCCUUCAACCUUCUGGAUCCUUCUGGUCUUAAUAUAUCUAAGACAGUCCAGGUUCAGAACAUCCUAAAGUCAGCCACACUUGAAGCUCAACCACGAGACACUUUCAUCAACAAGGUAGUUUCCUUCCAUCUGGCUGUGAGCCCACGCAACUCCCGGGCCACUUUUCAAUGGGAUUUUGGUGACGGCAAGGACUAUUUCUCUACGACCUCCAGUCUUAGUCACACAUACUCUCUGCCUGGGCAGUACCUAGUGAAGGUCAAUGCCAGCAAUUUUGUCAGUUGGGUCCUGACUGAGAUUGAAGUAAAUAUUCGUGUUCUGGCAUGUGAAGAGCCUGAAGUUCAGGUGAAGCAAGCUCCUAAAUUGGCGAUUUGGCGCUACCAGCCCACCCUGGUGGAGGCCAACGUUGACCUGAAGGGCUGUGAUCACUACAGGGUGGAGUAUCUGUGGGAGGUGCUGGCCGCCAAAGACUGCCAUGAUGAUGAUGACACGAAGGCACCCACCAAGAUGGCUCUGCCCCCUGAGGUGGAUGCACAACGGAUCCAGCUCUCUGUGCCCAAGAUGGCACUUCCCACUGGGAACUACACCCUGGUCUUUUCAUUGGCGUAUGAGGGUGUCCCUCUCAGGAAGGCUGCCUGCCUUCAGUUGUCUGUGAUAUCUGGGAGACUGGUGCCCAUCAUCGAGGGCGGCACAUACCGUGUCUGGUCGAAGACGCAUGAUCUCCUGUUGAGUGGAGAACAAUCGUAUGACCCAAACGUGGGCCUGGAGAGCCCUUCACUCCUGUCCUAUCACUGGGAGUGUGAAAGCACCACCAAGGGUCUGUCUAAGUGCCCCGCUCUGGACUUGGGCUCCAGCGGGCCUGUUCUGGGGAUCGCCGGCUCCGCCCUGGAGGUGGAGGUGGAGUACACCUUCCGUCUGACCGUCAGCCAAGAGGGCAUGCCUUCAGAGUCCACCGUCCAGAGGGUGCUGGUGCAGAGCGGCCGGAUCCCCAUGGUCUCUCUGGAGUGUGUGUCAUGCAAGGCUCAGUCCAUCUACGAGGUCAGCCAGAGCUCCAAAGUCUACCUAGCUGGGACCUGCAGCAACUGUCAGGGAUCACACCGUGGGCGCUGGACGGCCAGAACCCAGAGUAAUGAGACCCUUGUGCUGGACUCGAGCACCACGACCACGGGCAGCGAGGGCAUGCGUCUGGUGCUGCGGCAGGGCAUCCUGCGCGACGGCGAGUCCUACGUCUUCAGCCUGCACAUCGCCGACGAUGACAUGGACCACGUCGGCGUGGCAUACAUUGAGCUGCGCUCCAACAUGCCUCCGUCAGGCGGGGUCUGCUCACUCUGGGCCGAUGGACCCGGGCCUCAUGUGCGCACCCUGCUGGACAAGGUGUACUUCAACUGCACAGGGUAUGCUGAUCUGGAUGAGUCUCCAUCUCCGCUGUUGUACAGUCUCCUGCUGCACCGCUGCUCUGAGUCCUCCUACUGCGAGGAGUUCUGUGUGUAUAAGGGCACCAGCCCCGAGCACUCCACCUUCCUGCCCCCCGGGUUCAGCUCCGCUCGCCACCGCGUGGCCGCCCUCAUAACCGUGGAGGACCACCAGGGGGCGUUCAUCACGGCACUCAACAAGUCCAUGGAGGUGGUGUUACCAGAGGCUCCAGCGGGCUACAGCAGCCUGGCCCACUGGCUGUCUGACCUGACAGGAACCACCCUCAAGGACCUGCUCAAGCAGGGAGACUCCCAGCGGGUCAGAGAGCUGUCCCUGGCUCUUAUCACAGUGCUCAAUGAGUACGAGAAGACUCGGCCGUCUGUGGUGGUGACUCGUGCGGAGCGGCAGUACCGCGUCAGUGUCCGUGGCAACAUCACCAGAGCUCUGACAGCCCUCGACCUCACCACCGUCAACGACAUCCAGCAGACCUCCGCGGCUCUCGCUCAAUGCACAGCGGUGAGCCGAGAGUUUGUGUGUGAAGAGUGUCAGAACAGCACUCUGGACAAGCUGGAGUCCAUGCUGGAGAUUCUGCAGACCGACACCAAACAGGGAACCGUCACCCCCACAGAGAUUGCUGACAACAUCCUCAACAUCAUGGGGGACCUCAUCCACCAGGUCAGCCAGGCGGCGGCAGCGGGGAUGGCUCUGGACGCGGAGGACCGCGGCUCUCUCCUCUCCCUGACGACAUCGCCCAUGCAGGAGGACCAGCACCCCCUGCGCGUGGCGGCCAAGGCGUACACGCUGUCCUCCGAGCUCAUGCGCAUCCUCAUGCACUCGCGCGUGCUCAACGAGGAGCCCCUCAUCCUCCGCGGCGACGAGAUCGCCGCCGCCGGCAAACGCGCCGACCCGCAGAGCCUGCUGUGUUACGGCACCAGCGACCCCAGCCCCGAGUGCCGGCGCUUCUCCAUCCCCCGCACCUUCAACACCAGCCUGAGCCGGGCCGCGGCGGGCAGGGACUCCAGCGGCGGCACGGGGGGGUUCGGAGCCGGGGCCAGGGCCUCGCCCGGCGUGGUGCAGCUGCUCUUCCAGGUGGAGCCCAACCCGUUCCCCUUCAACUACGUGGCCAACUACACCGUGUCCACCGAGGUGGCGUCCAUGGAGUUCUGCACGGAGAACGGCACUCAGAUCCCUAUCUCCAACCUGGACGAGAGCCAGGCCAUCACAGUGGCCAUCAAAAACGGCAGCACAGCGGGGCUGGAUGGGACGGCGUCAGAGGAGAGGCUGCGACCGGCUGGGAGUUUUAACGUGAGCCGAUGCAGUCACGUGUUGGUGAGGGUGGAUGCUGGAAACACCAACCGGCAGGCGGGCCUCUUCAUCCAGCUCAACUUCACCAUACUGGAAGAGGACUCUGAGGAGCGUGAAGCUGACCCGGCCAUCGUGGCAUACCUGAACAGCUCUCAUUGGCCCAACGAGUUCAACUGCAGCGCCAGGAAAAGCAUCCGCCUCAGCAUGACGCAGGGGUUUGUGGUGUACAUGCUGUUCCUGCUGGUGGUUCUCCUGCUCAACUACGCAGACUCCGCCACGGACACUCAGCGUCUGCAGCUGCGCAGCCAACUCCAGCAGCGUCUGCAGUCAUUAGACUUCAACAACAUCAACAGCCGUGAGGACGUGUGGCCGUGGCUCGCCGACUCCUUGCUGCCGCAGCUCCUGGAUGGCUCCGCCCUGAUGCGUGACACGGGCAGCGUGCUCCUGGGAACGCCACGCCUCCGGCAGCUCCGAGCUCCAGCAGCCUGUCCGACGGGCGGCUCUUUCCCAGGAUCCUCUUGGUUUGGGUGUGGGGUGAGGGACCAUGCGGUCGGCUGGACCGGCCCGGGCUCCAGACUCUCGCCCAACUGGACCCUGAGCUCUGCUGAGAGUGGCGGGGCGUGGCACUGGGGGCAGGCGUGGGUGUACGGCAGUGGUGGAUUCGUGCAGGAGGUGACCACAAGCAUGGACGUUUCCAAAGCCCUCAUUCAACAUCUCCAAACACAUCAGUGGCUGGACCCACUGACGAGGGCUUUGUUUGUGGAGUUCUCUGUGUACAACACAAACUCAAAUCUGCUGGCUGUGUUGACCUUCCUGCUGGAGUUCCCCGUGUCUGAGCACGUUCAGGCCAGUCUGGACCUGAAGACUUGCCGUCUGCACCGCCUCAGCCAAGGCUUGGACCUCCCUCUGCUGCUCACGGUGGUCCUGCUGGCACUGGUGCUGUUCUUCUGUGUGCGUGAGGGUGCCUCCGUCCUGAGGGAGGGCCGCCUCUACCUGGUGCGCAUGUGGAACGUGGCGGGCGUCUGCAGCCUGGCACUGGCCCUGUGUGUGGCCGCGCUGCACCUGGCCCGCGCCGCCUACGCCGACCGCCAGUGGGACGCCUUCCUGCGCCGGCGCCACAGCUUCACCGACUUCUACGGGCUGGCCCAGCAAAGUCAGGCCAUGAGCGCGCUCAGUGCGCUCCUGCUCUUCCUCCUGGUGCUGAAGGCCUCCCAUCAGCUGCGGUUCCUGAGGGAGUGGGCGGUGUUUGGCAGGACGUUACGGCGCUCGCUGCAUGAGCUCCUGGCCGCCUCCGUGGCUCUGCUCAUCCUGCUGCUGGCCUACUCCUACACUGGACACCUGCUGUUCCACUCGGUGCUGAGAGGCUAUGGCAGUGUCGGCUCCGUGUUCCUGGCGUUACUGGGCAGUGGCGGACGGGCUCUGGUGUCGUGGUACCCCCUGAGCCCGUCGGCGAGCUCCGGCUGGGGUGUGCUGUUCCACAGCAGCUUCGCCGUGCUGAAGCUGGUCCUGCUCUGGCUGGUCACGUCCGCACUGCUGCGCAACUACAGGUGCGCUCGAGAGGAGCUGUACCGGCCCGUGGUGGACCUGCAGGACUACGAGAUGGUGGAGCUCUUCCUCCGACGCCUCAAGAUCUGGAUGGGCCUGAGCCGCACCAAAGAGUUCCGCCACAAGGUGCGCUUCGAGGGCAUGGAGCUGCCCCCCUCCCGCUCCUCCUCCACCAGCGACUGCAAGUCUCUGUGUCUGCCCCCUAUCGACACCCCCGAGGGGCCCCCCUCUCCUGACAGCGUGGACGGGAGCUCCGAGGCCUCGUGGCGCCCCAUGUCCUGGAGCCCGUGCAGCCUGGUGGAGGCCCCCGGCCAGAGCGUGGUGCUGGGGGCCCUGGGGGCGGUGGUGGGGGGCCACAGCUGGAAGGAGAGAGCGGAAAUGGAGGCCACGCUACGGCGGCUUCUGCCCACGUUCGAGGCGCUGCUCCUGCAGCUGGACCGCGUCACCAUGGCGACCGAGGAGGUGUACCGCACCGAGUGCCGUCUGGAGCGUCUGCAGAGGAGGAGCAGGAGCCGGAGCAGGAGCACGGCACGCAAGUGCAGCCAGGGCACACGGACCAGCAGCAGGGCAGAGGACUCCGCAGGGCCCAGGAGGCAACCGCCUCGUAAGAGUCCACACAAGGGGAACACCCAGAAGCCCCUGGGGGCAGAGGCCAGCUCCCAUCAGGACUCUGGGAGUCCUGUGAUCAGCCACGCCCCCAGGUCCAGUCCCGAUUCCGUCCCGGCUCCGGCCGCUGCCUCCUCUCCGGUUCCCGGCACCCCUGCGCCCGGUCCCGGCUCUACCCCACCGCCCGUUCCCAGAUCGCUGGACUGGGACACGUCGAGCGACAGGGAAGGCCGCACGCCCUCCAGCCUGUUCCGGCACCCGGCACACACGACCAUCGUUCCCAUCCGUAAGCGGAAGCACAAGCCUCCACCGCUCAAGAACAAGGUUCACCCCAACCCCGACAGGCCCGUCUCAGGACACUCCAAACCCUGAGCACUCCUGGGGGUCACACAGAACACACAGAACAGAGAGAGAGAAAGAGAGAGAAAACUCUUUUUGUUUUAUUUUUUUGGUUUAUUCAUUGAAAAAGCGUGAAGCAGGGACUAUUGCGGUGGAGGAGCAGAUCAGUGAGAUGACAUCAUUGACAGCAGGUUUUGUCUCUGGUGCAUCUGAAGGUAGAGAAGUAGAACAGUAAUCAUCGUAAUGGCGAUGGUUGUCAUAAGCUGGAUCACUAAGAGGGUACGUUAUGAAAGAGAAGAGGAUACCAAAUGUGGGAACCCCCGGUGGCCGUAGACAUGGACCUCAUGAAGAAUCACUCCUGAGGAGUCAGUUGGUUCAAAGCUGGCAGAACAACGAGGUGCAGGACGCCAUUGUUUGUUUGUUUACUCAUUUGUUUACCCCCUCCCAGUCCUUUGCCGUCCAGCCUACCAUUCCCCUGGCCCUGGAGGUCAGCGGGGGGGGGUGACCCUUGACGACAGCACAGCUCGUGCUCACACUGAAGCCAGAGGAACUCAGCAGACUGCAGUUGUGGAGAGCGAGAGAUUAAGAUUGUUGUACAAUGGCUUGCCACGACUACAAAGACGUUUGGUGUUCUUUAAAAAAAAAAAAAAAAUGUACUAAUAUUGUCUGUUCUGUUUAAAAAAAGGAAGCUAUUUUCAAGGUCACAGGUAAUGUGCUUGACCUUAUAAGAUGGUCUGCUCACCCACACAUUAUAUGAAAACACUUUCACGUACCACUCUCAUGUAUCGUGCCACAUUACUAUUUGAAAAUGCACACAAAUCAAUGCUUGCUUGGCACAUGUAUGCAUAUACUGCUUUAAAAAACCUGGUUUAGAUACACUACAUUUUGUACAGUUACACACAGUAUACACACUCAAGUAUAUUCACACACACACACACACACACACACACACCUUAACAGGUUAUCAGGGUGCUGAUAAAAUGGCAUUCCUCAGGACUCCUAACCCUUCCCUCCCCAUCCGUGUCCAAGAUAGGGGCGUUGAACCUGAUCAACCUAGACUACAAUAAAGAGACGGAGAGGAUGGAGAGAGGAUGGAGAGAGGAUGGAGAGAGGAUGGAGGAGAGGAUGGAGAGAGGAUGGAGAGAGCAUGGGGCAGCAGACGCUAACACAAGCGUACGUUUGGAGAGGAAGAGAAAGGUAGAGGAGAGAGAUAGAAAAGAAAGACAAAUACAGAGGGACAUAAAUGAAGGAGAGACAAAGCAAGAAUAGACAGAACAAAGAGGGAAACUGAAAAGGAAUAAGAGAAGAUCACUAUCCUCUUUCCUUUCUACUAGUAGGAAACAAGGGCGGGUCCAUAAGUCGCAUUAGUUCUGUGUAUUGGUAGGUUAUAACUAUCAUGUUUCUUUUGGAGUUGUUUUCUAUGUUUUUGAUUGUUGUCGCCUUCAGAAGCGGUCUAAUGUAAAUUAAGGAAGCACUUUGUAUUGAUGUACAUAUGUUAAGUGUUUGUGAGGAUGAACGCAUGUGUUGAAACAUAAUAAGCUUGGUACGAAUUCCGUACGAGAUGCCUUCCCUCACGUUACUCUACAAGUAGAUUUGCCAAAGCUUGCUAAUCGUGUAUGCAUUGAUUUAUUUUAAAUUAAAAUGGUCAUUUACUUUUGUUCUUAGCACUUUAUUUCCAUGUCAAGCUGUUAUUGUAGACCAUAUUUAACAUGUAUGUCUUGUUUAUUUCUCCCCCCCUGAAGAAACAGCUAUUUAGAACAGUGUAUUUUACAAGAGUUGCAUCAGGAUAUACAACUGUUGCCAUGAGUUUGUAAGAAUGAGGAUUCUAUUUUAUUUUUAUUUUUUUUCUCCAUGUUGUUUUGAUAUUUCCCUCAUCGGUUUCCUGGAAUAUCAGCUUCCCCCAAACAACCACAAUGUUUACCUUACAGUAUCUCAGGGACAUACAUACUUUUUCCAAACGUUUUGUUUUAAUCAGAUUUAUUUUUGUUCAUAUUUCUGUUUGUGGCUGAUAUCAAAUGAAGUGUUGGAUGGGUUCUCAGAGUCGACCCAGCUGGUGUUCCAAAUGUUUAAAUUCACGUUCCCAAAUCCUGUCAAUAAAAAUAAGUUCACAAUGUCAUUAUUACAACAUUUACACAACAAGCGAUCCUUCUAACCAUUGUCAUAAGUCAGUGUGUGUAUGUACAUAUCGGUGUGACCUGAUGUAUAUAUUAUUAAGAGUUUGUUGAUAAUGGUUUAUGAUGUCUGUUCCCAUAUACUCAGCACUGACCAAGAGGGCAUUCUUUCACACAAACAAGUUUUAGAUCGAAAUCCACAUCCCAGGUUAGCCUGGGCUAAGGGUUGUAAGCAGCUUGGAGAUGGACUAUUUGCGUGUUGCAGUAAGAGGUACCCAGAUGUGGGGGAUGAAUGAAACAUGUGGAUGUUGCAAACAGAGAUGACAGCAGGAGUAAAUGACUUACCUUUCAAGUGCCAAAGCCCACCUGUGUGUUUGUUUUCAUGUUUGUUUCAUGUGUUUAAAAGCAUUGUGUUUGUAAACAAGGUGUCCUUAUUCCAUCCUUCAUGUGUGGUUUGUAUGUUCUGUAUGAUGCGGCAUGAUGUUGUUCUGUUUUUGUAUGGUAUGGGUUUAUUUACGUCUGUAGCACUUCUUGUCCACUGCUUUUGCACUUGACAAAGUCAAAUAAAGACAUUUGACAGCUAA